AUGGAGUUCUACGCCAGACACCAAAUUGCUGGACUAGAAACCUACACAAUCUCCUCCUUGGCACCUGUCGCUUUUGCUGGGUUGUCUCAUAUCGACCAUUUAUGGUUCCGCAACUCUCAAAUCGACGUCAUUGCUAUGGAAGCAUUCCACUAUUUGACAAACAUUGACUACAUCUAUUUUCAUAAAACUAAAAUAGGAAGAAUAGAGAGAAAAGCGUUUUCGAAAAUGUAUCAAAUCGAUCAUCUCUACUUCAAAGAGUCUAUAGAAAUUGGAAUGAUUGAAUCGGAAGCAUUCUCGGGAAGUCAGAUUGAUGAGUUGAUUAUGGAUGGAGUGACUAUUGAGAGUGCACAUGACACAUCCCUUCUGAAUAUCGACUCGGAGAAUACUAUUAUGAAGAAUUGUUCGAUUUAUUUGGUGCCGAGGAAAGAGGAGAAUGUGAUAGAGUUUGAUGACGAGCAGAAGAUCAUUGAGAAGGAAGUCUGA